AGCUACUUCCUGGUGUGAUUGGUGGGAAAACGCAAUGCUGCAUCAAAGAUGGCUUAUUAUCAACCUGCAUUUGAUUUAUUUAGGAAUAGUAGUGUGAAAGAAUAAGUGGCGCUCUGCGAGAAGACAAGGCGGAGAGCUGGUGGUAGCUGUCGCGAGCAGUGUUAGCACUCUCGCCGCACUACGCACCUCUUGCUCUCUACGUGCGCAAACGUUAAGUUGCCCCUACUCUGCUAGCUAGUUAGCUCACAUAGUAAAUAUUAGCUAGUCAAGCAAGCUUGCUUAUUGUAGAUUGCUAAAAUGGCCACCAUGGAGAAAUUGAUGAAGGCCUUUGAGUCUCUGAAGUCAUUCCAGCAGCAGCAGGGACCACCGACCGCCGAGGAGCUCGCUCAGAGGCAAAAAAAGGAGCAAGCUGCCACAAAGAAGGACAGGGUGACCCACUGUCUGACAAUAUGUGAAAACAUUGUGGCUCAGUCACUGAGAACAUCUCCAGAGUUUCAGAAACUGCUUGGCAUCGCCAUGGAGAUGUUCCUGCUCUGCAGCGAUGACAGUGAAUCAGAUGUUCGGAUGGUAGCCGAUGAGUGCCUGAACAAAAUAAUCAAAGCACUGAUGGACUCCAACUUGCCUAGACUGCAGCUGGAAUUGUACAAAGAAAUUAAAAAGAAUGGUGCCUCUCGGAGUCUGAGGGCAGCUUUAUGGAGGUUUGCUGAGCUUGCCCACCUCAUCAGACCGCAGAAAUGCAGACCUUACCUGGUCAACCUGUUGCCAUGCCUCACCAGAAUCACAAAGCGGCAGGAAGAGACUGUGCAGGAGACACUUGCUACAGCAAUGCCCAAGAUCAUGUCCGCCCUGGGACACUUUGCCAAUGAUGGUGAAAUCAAGGUGCUGCUGAAGGCAUUUGUGGCUAAUCUGAAGUCCAGCUCCCCGACCAUUAGACGGACAGCAGCCAGUUCAGCCGUUAGUAUUUGCCAGCACUCCAGACGCACUAGCUACUUCUACACCUGGCUCCUUAAUGUUCUUCUGGGUCUGCUGGUUCCGGUGGAUGAUGAACAUCCCAGCCAUCUAAUACUGGGGGUGCUGCUAACCCUUCGUUACCUGAUGCCUCUGCUGCAGCAGCAUGUCAACUCCAGUAGUCUUAAAGGAAGCUUUGGUGUCAUGAGAAAGGAAACUGAUGUACAGCCAACACCCGAACAGCUGCUGCAGGUGUAUGAGCUAACCCUACACUAUACACAGCACUGGGAUCACAAUGUGGUCACAGCUGCUCUGGAGCUGCUGCAGCAGGUCUUCAGGACUCCCCCACCAGAGCUUCUGCACAUGCUCAUUACUGCUGGUAGCAUCCCACAUGCCACCGUUUUUCGUCAGGACACUGAGAACCGCUCACGUUCUGGCAGCAUCCUUGAAUUCAUUGGUAAAAUGCUCUCUGGAGAGGAGGAUGGCUUGGAGGAUGACCCUGAGAGGACUGAGGUCACUACUGCUGCUUUCACAGCAUCAGUUGUUGGUACAGACAGCUCCUCUGCAGCCCAGGUGGACAUCAUCACUGAACAGCCUCGGUCUUCCCAGCAUGCUCUGCAGCCUGGUGAUUCUGUGGACCUCAGUGCCUCCUCAGAACAGGGCGGUGGCGGAGCCGGGACAUCUACAUCAGGCACUCCAGAGUCGCCCAAUGACAAUGAUGAGGAAAUGCUGAGUCGGAGCUCCAGUGGUGGGGCAAAUGUUACCCCAGAGACUGCUGACUACACCACCCCAGAGAAUGCAACUCCAGAGGGAGGGUCUCUAGGAGAAAGUGGGACACUGCUAGGCACUAAUGAUCGCUCACUUCCACCCAGCGACUCCUCCCAAACCACCACAGAGGGACCGGACUCAGCUGUCACCCCUUCGGAUGUAGCAGAACUGGUACUGGAUGGCAGUGAGAGUCAGUACUCUGGAAUGCAAAUUGGAACACUACAGGAUGAAGAAGAUGAAGGAACAGCACCUUCCUCCCAAGAAGAACCCCAAGAACCAUUCCUGCAGUCAGCACUUGCUCUUAGCAAGCCUCAUCUCUUUGACGGCCGCGGUCACAACCGGCAGGGUUCAGACAGCAGUGUGGACCGUUUCAUACCAAAGGAUGAACCUGCUGAACCUGAGCCCGAUAAUAAGCCAUCACGUAUAAAAGGUCCAAUUGGGCACUAUACAGACCAGGGUGCGGAGCCUCUAGUGCACUGUGUCCGGCUUCUUGCUGCUUCCUUCCUACUAACAGGACAAAAAAAUGGCUUGAUUCCUGACAAAGAGGUGCGAGUGAGUGUGAAAGCCUUGGCACUCAGCUGUGUUGGAGCAGCGGCAGCGCUGCAUCCCGAAGCCUUCUUUAACUCCCUCUACUUGGAGCCGCUGGACGGCGUUCCAGUAGUAGAGCAGCAAUAUAUUAGUGAUGUCCUGGGCCUCAUUGACCAUGGAGACCCCCAGAUUAGAGGAGCUACAGCUAUCCUAUGUGCAGCCAUCAUACAGGCUGCGCUCACCAAAACACGUUUCAACAUACACACUUGGCUGGCCAGUGUGCAGAGUGCAACAGGUAACCCACUGUCCCUGGUGGACUUGGUGCCUUUGCUUCAGAAGACUUUGAAAGAUGAAUCCUCUGUCACCUGCAAGAUGGCUUGCUCUGCAGUGAGGCACUGCAUCACGACUAUUUGCAGCAGUACCCUGAGUGAGCUUGGCCUGCAGCUGGUGAUUGACCUCUUUGCGCUGAAGGACUCUUCCUAUUGGCUUGUUCGCACUGAGCUCUUGGAAACUCUGGCAGAAUUAGACUUCCGAUUAGUUAAUUUUUUGGAGAGGAAAACUGAGACUUUACAUAAAGGAGAUCAUCACUACACUGGGCGGCUGCGGCUGCAAGACAGAGUCCUGAAUGAUGUGGUCAUAUAUCUGUUGGGAGAUGACGAUCCAAGAGUACGGCACGUGGCUGCCUCUGCGGUCAGCAGACUAGUUUCCAGGUUGUUCUAUGACUGUGACCAGGGCCAGGUGGAUCCAGUGGUAGCAAUUGCACGAGACCAGAGUUCAGUCUAUCUGCAGCUGCUUAUGCAUGAGACACAACCCCCAUCCCAGUUCACAGUUAGCACAAUCACAAGGACAUACCGAGGCUACAGCAUGUCCAACACUGUCUCUGAUGUCACAUUGGAGAACAACUUGUCCAGAGUAGUUGCUGCCGUCUCGCAUGCUUUGACCUCGUCUACCUCCAGAGCUCUAACUUUUGGCUGCUGUGAGGCCUUGUGCCUCCUAGCUUCAAAUUUUCCAGUGGGCAAUUGGAGCACAGGCUGGCACUGCGGCUAUGUUAGCUCCAAUAGCAACUUUUCAUCCCGUUCUAGUCUUAACCGCAGUAGGGGCAGAACCCUCAGUUUAUCACAGCCUAGCAGUGCUCCAGCCUCUUCAACCACCUCAUCUGCACCAGAUGCAGAGCGGAGGACUCUGACUGUAGGAAUUGCCAACACAGUGCUCUCCUUAUUGUCUUCUGCCUGGUUUCCACUGGAUCUCUCUGCGCAUCAGGAUGCACUGUUACUUUCUGGAAACCUCAUAGCUGCUGUGGCUCCUAAAUGUAUGCGUAAUCCCUGGGUUGGGGAGGAAGAAGGCAGCAGUGGGACCAGUAGUGGAGGCCCAAGUAAAUUGGAGGAACCCUGGGCCGCGCUAUCAGAACGCUCCCUGGUGGUCAUGGUGGAGCAACUCUUUUCCCAUCUGCUGAAGGUCCUCAACAUCUGUGCCCAUGUGUUGGAUGAUACACCACCAGGACCAGCAAUGAAGGCCACUCUCCCCUCCCUGAGCAACACCCCCUCCCUCAGUCCCAUUCGUAGGAAAGGCAAGGAGAAGGAGGGUGCCGAGCCCAGUGCCACCCCUAUGAGCCCAAAGAAGGGUAGUGAGGCCAACACAGGCAGGCCAACGGACAGUACAGGAUCAACAACUGUAAACAAAUCGACCACCCUUGGCAACUUCUACCACCUGCCUCCCUACCUCAAGCUCUAUGAUGUGCUCAAAGCUACGCAUGCCAACUAUAAGGUUACGUUGGACCUUCACAGUAGUCAAGAAAAGUUUGGAAGUUUCCUGCGUGCUACAUUAGAUGUUCUUUCUCAGCUGCUGGAGUUAGCCACACUUCAUGACAUCGGGAAGUGUGUGGAGGAAAUUUUGGGCUACCUCAAGUCCUGCUUCUCCAGAGAACCAACCAUGGCCACAGUUUGUGUGCAACAGCUGUUGAAGACACUAUUUGGGACCAACCUGGCCUCCCAGUAUGAGAAUGUGUUGAGUGGACCCAGCCGGUCCCAGGGCAAAGCUCUACGUCUUGGCUCUUCCAGCUUGCGGCCAGGACUCUACCACUACUGCUUCAUGGCUCCAUACACUCACUUUACCCAGGCUCUUGCUGAUGCAAGCCUCCGUAACAUGGUGCAGGCUGAACAGGAGCAGGAUACCUCUGGAUGGUUUGAUGUAAUGCAAAAAGCAUCUAAUCAACUGAGAUCCAACAUCACAAAUGCAGCACGCCACAGAGGAGACAAGAAUGCCAUUCAUAACCACAUUCGACUGUUUGAGCCGUUGGUGAUCAAAGCUUUGAAGCAGUAUACCACCAGCACAUCUGUGGCGCUGCAAAGACAAGUACUGGACCUGCUCGCUCAGCUUGUGCAGCUCAGAGUCAACUACUGCCUGCUAGACUCAGACCAGGUGUUUAUUGGCUUUGUCCUGAAACAGUUUGAGUACAUUGAAGUGGGGCAGUUCAGAGAUUCAGAGGCCAUCAUUCCCAACAUCUUUUUCUUCCUGGUGCUGCUGUCUUAUGAACGCUACCACUCCAAGCAGAUUAUCAGCAUUCCCAAGAUCAUCCAGCUGUGUGAUGGCAUUAUGGCAAGUGGCAGAAAAGCUGUCACACAUGCCAUCCCAGCCUUGCAGCCUAUAGUUCAUGAUCUGUUUGUCUUGAGGGGCUCAAACAAAGCUGAUGCAGGCAAGGAGCUGGAUACACAGAAAGAAGUUGUGGUCUCCAUGCUGCUAAGACUUGUGCAGUACCAUCAGGUGUUGGAGAUGUUCAUUCUUGUACUGCAGCAGUGUCACAAAGAGAAUGAAGACAAGUGGAAGAGAUUAUCCAGACAGAUUGCAGACGUCAUACUUCCCAUGAUUGCCAAGCAGCAGAUGCAUCUGGACUCUCCAGAGGCAUUAGGAGUAUUAAACACUCUAUUUGAGACGGUGGCACCUUCCUCUCUUAGACCUGUUGACAUGCUGCUCAAGAGUAUGUUCACCAUCCCAGCUACCAUGGCAUCUGUAGCUACAGUCCAGCUGUGGGUAUCUGGUAUCCUGGCAGUGCUUAGGGUACUGGUCUCGCAGUCCACUGAAGACAUUGUGCUUUCCCGUGUCCAUGAGCUGGCACUCUCUCCAAAUCUACUCUCUUGCCACGCUAUCCGCCGCCUGCAUCAGCAUAGCCCCUCCCCAAACGACCCGCCUGCUGCUGACACAAUCUGCAAACAGGAAACUAAUGGUGAAACGCAAAAGGCUCCACCUGAGGAAACGUUUGCCAGAUUCCUUCUCCAGCUUGUAGGUGUUUUGUUGGAUGACAUUUCCACCAGGCAGGUUAAAGUGGAAAUCACUGAGCAGCAGCACACCUUCUACUGCCAGCAGCUGGGCACGCUGCUCAUGUGUCUCAUACACGUCUUCAAAAGUGGAAUGUUUCGCAGGAUCACAGCUGCAGCCAGCCGUCUCCUGAAGGGUGAGAGUGGACAGACAGCCACAGAGGCCAACCUCUUCUACCCCUUAGAAGGUCUGAACAGCAUGGUACAGUGCCUCAUCACCACCCACCCAUCCCUGGUGCUCCUCUGGUGCCAAGUUCUUCUCAUCAUUAACUACACCAACUACUCUUGGUGGGCUGAGGUUCAUCAGACACCCAGACGACACAGUCUCUCAUCCACAAAGCUGCUGAGUCCUCAUUCCUCAGGGGAAGGUGAAGAGGACAAGCCUGAGUCCCAGUUAGCAAUGGUUAACAGAGAGAUUGUACGCAGGGGAGCUGUAAUCCUCUUCUGUGACUAUGUGUGUCAGAAUCUCCAUGACUCGGAGCAUCUAACCUGGCUGAUUGUAAAUCAUGUUCGUGACCUCAUCAGCCUUUCCCAUGAGCCGCCAGUGCAGGACUUCAUCAGUGCUGUCCACCGCAACUCUGCUGCCAGUGGCCUCUUCAUCCAAGCCAUCCAAUCCCGCUGUGACAACCUCACUACUCCUACCAUGUUGAAAAAGACCUUACAGUGUUUGGAAGGCAUCCACCUUAGUCAGUCUGGAUCUCUACUGAUGCUAUAUGUUGACAAGCUUCUUAAUACACCCUUUCGAGUUUUGGCUCGCAUGGUGGACACACUGGCGUGUCGCAGGGUAGAGAUGUUGCUGGCUGAGACCUUACAGAACAGCAUAGCACAGCUUCCUGUGGAGGAACUGGAUAGGAUCCAAGAAUAUCUCCAGAACAGUGGUUUAGCUCAGAGACAUCAGAGGUUCUACUCCCUGCUGGACAGGUUCAGAGCCACUGUUGUUGACACAAGCAGUCCCACUCCUCCAGUGACAUCACAUCCCUUGGACGGGGAUCCUCCCUCUGCUCCUGAGUUGGUCAUUGCAGACAAGGAGUGGUAUGUGGCCCUGGUGAAGUCUCAGUGCUGUCUUCGUGGAGAUGUUUCCCUGUUGGAGACAACAGAACUUCUUACCAAACUACCUCCUGCUGAUCUCUUCAGUGUCAUGAGCUGCAAGGAGUUCAAUCUAAGCCUUCUCUGCCCAUGCUUGAGUAUGGGAAUGCAGCGGUUGGCACGCGGUCAGGGGUCACUUUUGUUGGAGACAGCACUGCAGGUGACCCUUGAACAACUAGCAGGGGUCACCGGGUCACUUCCUGCACCUCACCAGUCCUUUCUGCCACCAUCCCAACCCCAGCCCUACUGGGACCAGCUGGGUGAUGUGUAUGAUGAACCAGGGUUCUACCCCAGAGUUUUGUCACUCUGUAGAGCACUAUCUCAAUACCUGCUAAGUGUGAGCCAGCUCCCUUCUUCACUACAUAUUCCCUCAGACAAGGAGCACCUCAUCACCACCUUCACCUGCACUGCCACUGAGGUUGUAGUGUGGCGUCUGCUCCAGGACCGGCUGCCCCUGAGCGUGGACUUGCAGUGGGCACUUUCUUGCCUGUGUCUGGCGUUGCAGCAGCCCUGCGUCUGGAACAAGCUCUCCACCCCAGAGUACACCACCCAUACCUGCUCCCUCAUUUACUGCCUUCGCCUUAUUAUUGUUGCAGUGGCUGUGAGUCCUGGUGACCAGCUGCUGCAUCAAGAGAAGAAAAUGGCAAAAGGAGAAAAAGAUGAUGGAGACCAAGUGGAUGCAGCACAUGCUGACCACAUGUGUGAGUGGCAAGCAUGUGAGAUCAUGGCUGAGCUGGUGGAGGGCCUGCCGAGCAUCCUUUCCCUUGGUCAUCGUAGAAACUCCAUUUUACCUACUUUUCUCACACCAACAUUGCGCAACAUUGUUAUCAGUCUGUCUCGGCUUCCUCUGGUCAACAGCUACACCCGAGUACCUCCACUGGUUUGGAAACUGGGCUGGUCCCCUCAGCCAGGAGGAGAGUUCGGCACAACGCUGCCUGAGAUCCCCGUGGACUUCCUUCAGGAAAAGGAUGUCUUCAGAGAGUUUCUUUACCGUAUCAAUACAUUGGGCUGGAGCAGUAGGACUCAAUUUGAGGAGACCUGGGCUACUCUACUAGGGGUGCUGGUCACCCAACCCAUCACUAAAGACCAGGAGGAGGACCCGCAACAGGAGGAGGACUUGGAGCGUACCCAGUUGAAUGUGUUAGCAGUGCAAGCCAUCACCAGCCUGGUGCUGAGUGCCAUGACCCUUCCCACUCCUGGCAACCCAGCAGUUAGCUGUCUGGAACAGCAGCCUCGCAACAAGAGCCUAAAAGCCCUGGAAACACGGUUUGGAAGGAAACUUGCAGUGAUUAGAGGUGAGGUGGAGAGAGAGAUUCAGGCGCUUGUGUCAAAAAGGGACAACGUCCAUACAUACCACCCAUACCAUGCCUGGGAUCCUGUGCCCUCACUAUCAGCAGCUUCUGCAGCAGGUACGCUGAUCAGCCAUGAGAAACUGCUGCUUCAGAUCAACACAGAGAGGGAGAUGGGCAACAUGGAAUACAAACUGGGGCAGGUCUCCAUCCAUUCAGUGUGGUUGGGUAACAACAUCACGCCUCUCAGGGAGGAAGAGUGGGGUGAGGAUGAAGAAGAUGAGGCAGACACUCCGGCGCCCACCUCCCCACCUUUAUCUCCUAUAAACUCUAGAAAACACCGUGCAGGCGUGGAUAUUCAUUCAUGUUCUCAGUUUCUCCUGGAGCUCUACAGCCAGUGGCUGAUCCCUAGCUCUCCAAGUAACAGGAGAACCCCAACCAUCCUCAUCAGUGAAGUGGUCCGAUCGCUGCUGGCAGUGUCGGAUCUGUUCACAGAAAGGAACCAGUUUGAUAUGAUGUUCUCCACCCUGAUGGAGCUGCAGAAGCACCAUCCACCAGAGGAUGAGAUCUUGAAUCAGUACCUUGUGCCGGCCAUCUGCAAGGCGGCAGCUGUUUUGGGCAUGGACAAGGUAAUAGCCGAGCCGGUGUGUCGCCUUUUGGAGACGACCCUGCGCAGCACUCACCUUCCCAGCCGCAUGGGAGCCUUGCAUGGGGUGCUGUAUGUGUUGGAAUGUGACCUUCUGGAUGACACAGCUAAACAGCUCAUCCCCACAGUCUCUGAGUACCUUCUAUCCAACCUCAAGGCUGUUGCUCACUGUGUGAACCUGCAUAACCAGCAGCAUGUGUUGGUGAUGUGUGCAGUGGCUUUCUACAUGAUGGAGAACUACCCUCUAGAUGUGGGAGCUGAAUUUAUGGCUGGAAUUAUACAGUUAUGUGGCGUGAUGGUGUCAGCCAGCGAGGACUCCACUCCCUCCAUCAUCUAUCACUGCGUGCUUCGUGGUCUGGAGCGCCUCCUUCUGUCAGAGCAGUUGUCACGGAUGGAUGGAGAAGCGCUGGUCAAACUCAGCGUGGAUAGAGUUAACAUGCCAUCGCCACACAGAGCCAUGGCUGCCCUAGGCCUCAUGCUUACCUGCAUGUAUACUGCUGUGCUUACGUCGGGUUCAGACGUGACAGGGGUUAGAGGUCAGGUUGACUCUGCUGUAUCGGAGGCGGUGGGCGUCACGGCGGGUCAUGUUGGUUUCUCUUCAGGCAAGGAGAAAGCCAGCCCUGCCAGCCGCCCCGCCCAUUCUGACCCUCAGGCCCCAGACAGCGAGUCAAUCAUUGUUGCCAUGGAGAGGGUCUCUGUGCUCUUUGACAGGAUAAGGAAGGGUUUACCCAGUGAGGCUCGUGUGGUGUCCAGGAUUCUGCCCCAGUUUCUGGAUGACUUCUUUCCGCCACAGGACGUCAUGAACAAGGUCAUCGGAGAGUUCCUGUCUAAUCAGCAGCCUUAUCCGCAAUUCAUGGCGACAGUCGUCUACAAGGUUUUCCAGACACUCCACGCUACAGGCCAGUCUUCUAUGGUGCGAGACUGGGUGCUCCUGUCAUUGUCCAACUUCACUCAGAGGACACCAGUGGCCAUGGCCAUGUGGAGCCUCUCCUGCUUCUUUGUGUCUGCUUCCACCUCCCAGUGGAUCUCAGCACUACUGCCACAUGUGAUCAGCCGAAUGGGCUCCAGUGAGGUGGUGGAUGUUAACCUGUUCUGCCUGGUGGCCAUGGAUUUCUACCGGCAUCAGAUUGACGAGGAGCUGGACCGCAGAGCUUUCCAGUCAGUAUUUGAGACUGUAGCCUCGCCAGGCAGCCCUUAUUACCAGCUGCUGGGCUGUCUGCAGUCAGUCCAUCAGGAUACAUCACUCUGAGGGCAACAGACAGAGAAGGGCAUGGAAGCACAAGGAGAAAAGUGGUUUCAAGUGAGGUGUGGUAGGGUGAGAAAUUAGAUCUCUAUUUAUAAUUCCUGGAUGAAUUGUGACUAAGGGUAAGAACAGAAUGUUUUAUUAGGAAAAAACUACUGUAGCUUCAUCCCUUUCUGCCCUUUCAAUGAUAAUGAGAUAAGUAGAACUACUGAACCCACGGCAACAAAUUCAGUGGAGCAAGUAUUAAAAGGAGGAGGAAAAAAACAAAAAACCCCAACCUGAAUUCAAUAUUAGGCUGUGUUUAAAUGUAAAAGGAGCAUUCUCUGAAGAGGAACAGCAAGCUUCUGUAUCUGUGUGAAGACUGCACCCACUCGACCCCACCCACUCCCCUCAGAUGAUUCCUUGAGACAUGACUGCACCUUCAACACUUCCCUCUCAGCACCUUUUGAGAUAUUUUUAGAAAAAAAAAAAGCCCAUGAAGAUGACGAUCAUCAAAUAAAGAAUUGGAUUAGUUUAUUUUCCUGUGGGAACUUGUGGGGAUUGAGUAUUGUGAUGUUAGUAAAGUAAACAAAAAUAGAAAAGUAUUUAAAGUUUCAGUGCAUCUAUUUUUCAGUGAGUCAUGUGCUUAAGGUCUGGUUAGGAUGCUGACAAUGGGCUGACACGUAAAAGUCAGAAACGCCUGCUUAAAGUCAAUGAGUACAUUUCUUUAUGUAUUUAAGUUAUUUGUGGUCAUUCACACACUUCAGUUAAAUCGAAAAAUAUUUUAGGAAUAAUGAGCACUAAUAGCCAUAGUUUUGUGUGUGUGUGUGUGUGUGUGUCUGUUUAUUUUUUUGGUGGGCUUUUUUUUUUCUCCCAGGGGAUUGGUUUUGCAGUUUAAUUUGUCCCAGCAGAAGGUGUUUAUGGAUUUUGCUUGUAAGGGAGGGGAAAAAACUUACCUAACUUAUAACCAGCGCUCGGCCACAUUUCCAUAUAUCUGCACUGACAUAACAGCGGAAACUGUCAAGCAUGGAAAAAUACCAAAAUUAUCAAAAUUGCAGUGAUGUUGUCUUCAUUUCUUUAUUUUUUUUAACUAGUAGCAGAGGGAGCAAAAGAUUCCCUUUUGAUUUUUAUUACCUUGCUUACGUCUGUCUAGUCUUUUUGUUGUUGUUGUUUUGUUGGUUUUUAUUGCAGUCUUGUUUGCUCCUCAGUGCACCUGAAUGAUUCCACCUGUCUUUUUCUUGUACCUUUGUUAAUUCUCAGGAUGUAAGAUGUGACUAUAUUAUUGUUGUAAUAAGACUGGAAAUGAUUUACAGUCCUCGUAAAAUAGUCACCUUCAUAUCUUGUAAAAAGUAAUUGUAUAGCAACAUAAAAGCCAUGGUGCAUGAUGAAAUGAGAACUGUGUAAAAACAAUAGGACUUAGACGGUAAGAUAAUGUGAUGCCAUUUUCUUUUGUCCUAACGCGCACGAGCACAGAAGAAAAUGAAAACUGAGCGAAUAAUCGGCAGAAUGCGGAAAGCUGCAAGCUUCUAGUGUUUUAUUAAAGACUUGACCUCGAGCUGCCUGGGAGCGUGCUGGGCUUUGUUACUCUGUACAUACACUUGCCUUAGAUAAAAGACUGAAUAUAUGUUUGUCUUAUACACUGAAAGCUUGAAAGCAUGCUUAGCAUUACGGCUAUUUUCUGUCUUUAAUACUGUAUUUCCAUGGGUACGGUUGACUGUUGUGUGGAAGAGAUGCAACACAAUCCAAAGGGAGCCUUGUAACCUUAGCGACCAACAGCAGCUUUGACAAAUCAACAGAUGAGGAAGUGUAGCAUAGCGGUGCCACGUCACAGCAGGAGUUCUUUGUCUGGUUUUUGUUGAGCUUUAAAAUAUUGUUUCGUCUCAGUUAAAAAGCGGUAAAUGCUUCAUCAUUCAUUGUCUUUGUGCAGAAUAUUAAAUACACACGGCACUUAAAAAAAAAAAAAAAAAAACUAAGUGAAAAAUGAAAGUUCUUUUGAUGUUGAUGUUAGACGCUUUCUUUAUACGCAAUGAGUGCUGCAGUACAUUAAAAGUAAACAUCACAGUGAUUUGUAUGCUAAAUGUGUAACCGCUCACCAGUCUUAAAGCUGGUGACUGGUUUCCUUUGAUCAUGAGAAAAUAAUGUAUUCACACAAUGAAUGACAGAGUCCUCUGCAGCUGUUGAAAUUCCAAUGUGAGGCCUCGCUGAAGCAGAUUAAAGGAGCCUAAAUGAGUCCUGCUUUCAAAGUCAUUUCGAAUUCUUGGGGUGGGGAGAGAGAAAUUGAAGAUGAUGGGAAAAGUCUUUUUCUAAUCUACACACUACUUUCGACGUUUAAGGAAAACUCAAAAAUGCGGUUGAUAAAAAUGUAGAUUUUUCAGCUAGUCUCUGGAAGGAAAAGAGCAGGGGACCCCUGCUGGGGAUAAUGCGAUUAUGCAGAGGUCUUUUGUGAUUUGGGGAGAUGGGCUUUGGGGCUCUCAACAAAGUUCAUGUUACUCUGAUUUAACGCUUCCAGUGAAGGCUUUAUUUUGUUCCACAUUAGGAAUAAAUCGUUCAGAAAAUAAUGUAGUCACUGUUCUCGGAUAAAGCUGAGAAUCAUGGUUUGAAACCUCUGCCAAGGUCUUUAUUGUGAUUUGUAUGUUGACACUUGGCCUAAUUUGGCAACUAUUUCCCAUAAUCCUGUUUCUCAAGGUGGUAGACUGAAAAUGAAAUGCUUUUCUUUACAUUUUCUUCAGGCAGGAUCCUUGAAAGAACCUGAAGUGUCCACAUCUUUUUUUUCUCCUCUUUUAUUUACAUUUGCCUGUAAAAAUAUGACUGGAAGAGAUUGUGUAUUUGUUAAUUUUAAUAUUUCAAAGAGAUUAAUCACUGCAUAUGAUCUGUUGUAGAAAUAAAUUAUUUAAACAUGUAA